AUGAGAUUUCACCUGUAUUACAUGGUGUUCUUGGGUUCCAGUUGUGUCAUCUCCACCUAUGGGCCCCACCAGAGAGCCCAGAAGACGGGGGAUAUUCUACUGGGUGGGCUGUUUCCGAUGCACUUUGGCGUCACCUCCAAAGACCAAGACCUGGCAGCGCGGCCGGAAUCCACUGAGUGUGUCCGGUACAAUUUCCGUGGAUUCCGUUGGCUUCAGGCCAUGAUUUUUGCUAUAGAGGAGAUCAACAACAGCAGCACGCUUUUGCCCAACAUUACACUUGGCUAUAGGAUAUUUGACACCUGCAACACUGUGUCCAAGGCUCUGGAGGCAACCCUUAGUUUUGUAGCACAGAAUAAGAUUGACUCUCUAAAUCUGGACGAGUUCUGCAACUGCACGGAUCACAUUCCCUCAACUAUAGCGGUGGUUGGGGCGUCUGGGUCAGCAGUCUCCACCGCUGUUGCUAAUCUCUUGGGCCUCUUCUACAUCCCGCAGAUCAGUUAUGCCUCUUCCAGUCGCCUACUGAGCAAUAAGAACCAGUUCAAGUCCUUCAUGAGGACCAUCCCAACAGACGAACACCAGGCCACUGCCAUGGCAGAUAUCAUUGAUUACUUCCAGUGGAACUGGGUCAUUGCUGUGGCGUCUGAUGAUGAGUAUGGACGUCCAGGCAUUGAAAAGUUUGAGAAAGAGAUGGAAGAGCGAGAUAUUUGUAUCCAUCUGAAUGAGCUAAUCUCUCAGUACUUUGAGGAAUGGCAAAUUCAAGGUUUAGUAGACCGCAUUGAGAAUUCCUCAGCUAAAGUAAUAGUGGUUUUUGCCAGUGGGCCUGACAUUGAGCCUCUUAUUAAAGAGAUGGUCAGACGAAACAUCUCUGACCGCAUCUGGUUGGCUAGCGAGGCUUGGGCAACUUCUUCCCUCAUUGCCAAACCAGAGUAUCUCGAUGUUGUAGCUGGGACCAUUGGCUUUGCUCUCAGAGCAGGAGAAAUACCUGGCUUCAAGGACUUUUUACAAGUGGUCACACCAAAGCAAUCCAGCUACAAUGAGUUUGUCUGGGAAUUUUGGGAAGAGACCUUUAACUGCUAUCUUGAGGACAGUCGAAGACUCAAAGACAGUGAGAAUGGGAGCACCAGUUUCAGACCUUUGUGUACUGGAGAGGAGGAUAUUAUGGGUGCAGCGACCCCAUACCUAGAUUACACUCACCUUCGUAUUUCCUACAAUGUGUAUGUGGCCGUUUACUCGAUUGCACAGGCCCUGCAGGACAUUAUAACCUGCACCCCUGGUAGGGGUCUUUUUGCAAACAACUCCUGUGCAGAUAUAAAGAAAAUUGAAGCAUGGCAGGUUCUCAAGCAGCUCAGACAUUUGAACUUUUCAAACAGUAUGGGAGAAAAGGUGCACUUUGAUGAAAAUGCGGAUCUGUCAGGAAGCUACACGAUCAUCAAUUGGCACCGCUCCCCUGAAGAUGGCUCUGUUGUGUUUGAAGAAGUCGGCUUCUACAACAUGCGGGCUAAGAAAGGAGUUCAGCUUUUGAUUGAUAACACAAAGAUUCUGUGGAAUGGAUUUAAUACAGAGGUGCCAUUCUCUAACUGUAGUGAAGAUUGUGAACCAGGUACCAGAAAGGGGAUCAUAGAAAGCAUGCCGACUUGUUGCUUUGAAUGCACUGAAUGCUCAGAGGGAGAGUAUAGUGAUCACAAGGAUGCCAGCGUGUGUACUAAGUGUCCCAAUGACUCAUGGUCUAAUGAGAACCACACAUCCUGUUUCCUGAAGGACAUAGAGUUUCUGUCUUGGACAGAACCCUUUGGGAUCGCCUUGGCAUUAUUCUCGGUGCUGGGGGUAUUUUUAACAGCAUUCGUGAUGGGAGUGUUUAUCAGAUUUCGCAACACUCCGAUUGUUAAAGCCACAAACAGAGAGCUGUCCUACCUCCUCCUCUUCUCACUCAUCUGCUGUUUCUCCAGCUCCCUCAUCUUCAUUGGUGAACCCCGGGACUGGACCUGCCGUCUACGCCAACCGGCCUUCGGAAUCAGUUUUGUUUUAUGCAUUUCCUGCAUCCUGGUCAAAACCAACCGGGUACUUCUGGUAUUCGAGGCCAAGAUCCCCACCAGUCUCCAUCGUAAAUGGUGGGGGCUAAACUUGCAGUUCCUGCUGGUGUUCCUGUUCACGUUUGUGCAAGUGAUGAUUUGUGUGGUCUGGCUUUACAACGCUCCUCCGGCAAGCUACAGGAACCACGACAUUGACGAAAUCAUUUUCAUCACCUGCAACGAGGGCUCCAUGAUGGCGCUCGGCUUCCUAAUUGGGUACACAUGCCUGCUGGCAGCCAUUUGCUUUUUCUUCGCCUUCAAAUCUCGCAAACUGCCAGAGAACUUUACAGAGGCUAAGUUCAUCACCUUCAGCAUGCUAAUUUUCUUCAUUGUCUGGAUCUCCUUCAUCCCCGCGUACUUCAGUACGUAUGGGAAGUUUGUGUCUGCCGUGGAGGUCAUCGCCAUCCUGGCCUCUAGCUUUGGACUGCUGGCCUGUAUCUUCUUCAAUAAGGUCUACAUCAUCCUCUUCAAACCGUGCAGGAACACCACAGAAGAGGUCCGCUGUAGCACAGCCGCCCAUGCAUUCAAGGUGGCGGCCAAGGCCACACUGAGACAAAGCAACGCAUCCAGGAAGAGGUCCAGCAGUGCAGGGGGAUCUGGAAACUCCACACCAUCCUCAUCCAUCAGCCUAAAGACCAAUGGAAAUGACUCUGAUUCCCCAUUAGGUCAGCGGAGAAUCCAUAAGCCCAGAGUGAGCUUUGAGAGUGGAACAGUAACUCUUUCCUUGAGCUUUGAGGAGUCCAGACAUAAUUCUGUGAAGUAGCGUAGUGUCUUGGGCAGGGCCGGGGCUGUGUCAGGACUGGAUCUGGUGUUAUUUGUUGGCUUUGCGGUUGUAGCAGAUAUAAUGACAUUAAAAUAUUUUUUUGCCAAGAUGACAAAUUAUUGAUGGUAUAUUGUAAUCUGUAUUGUUCAUUAUGAGGAAAUUUUGAAAUGCUAUAAAAAGUAUUUAAAGAUUGAUAGAAUAGUAUAUUCAAGGCCUUUCUGAAGAGGCAUUUUAAAGUGAUUUAAGACUUUCCAUACAAAUUUCUACACAUCACAUUUCAUUGUGAAACCUAAACAGGGGCAUGUAAAAUGAAUGUGAGACAAUAAAACAAUGUAAUUUGA